CAGUGGUUCUGCUUUGGAAGACCACCAGUUUUCAUAGGUGACUGGCUCCAGCACUCGUUGCAGGAUGAGCAGUAAGAUCAUAUUUUAUGAGGACAGGAACUUCCAGGGUCGCUCCUAUGAGUGUGACACCGACUGCCCUGAUAUGCACCCCCACUUCAGCCGCUGCAAUUCCAUCAAGGUGGAGAGUGGCUGCUGGGUGCUGUAUGAGAAGCCCAACUAUAUGGGCUACCAGUAUGUCCUGACCCGCGGGGAGUACCCAGACUACCAGCGCUGGAUGGGCUACAACGACACCAUCCGCUCCUGCCGUACUUUCUCUUAUGCCAGCGAGGGCCCCUACCGCAUGCGCAUCUACGAGAGGACCAACUUCCAGGGUCAGAUGAUGGAGUUCAGCGAGGACUGUGAGUCAGUGCAGGAACAUUUUCACAGCCGUGACAUCUCCUCCUGCAACGUCAUGGACGGCUACUGGACCCUGUACGAGCACCCCAAUUACCGUGGCCGGCAGUACUUCAUGAGGCCUGGAGAGUACCGCAAGUUCAGUGACUGGGGGGCCACCUGUGCCUCCACCGGGUCCUUCCGCAGAAUCACAGAGUUUUAAUGUAGAGUCUCACUUGAUUUUAUUUACAUUUCAGUUUCAUUGAAAGCUGCCUCGAGAGCCACGUGUAUUGGUGGAAACUCGUAAUGUUAAAAUCAUGUGGAGUGAGAUGGUGAAGAAACU